UGCGCUGGGCCAUUUUCCUUGUUGGAUUGACCUGGUUUUUUUUUUAUUAUUUUAGCGGGUGUGGAAGGUGAUUGCGGGACUUUCUUCAACUCUGCUUUUCUGGCUUGUGAUUUCGAGAUAGCGGUUGGCUACUGUUCUGGUUGGAACGUGCAACAAAACAUACCCCCGUGUUCUCCUGGGUGGGUUUAGUCGACUUGGAAGGACCUGUCGGAUUGGUGUGAUCUUUUGCAAAGGCGUGUCGGCUUUGUGGUUUGCCGACAAAGGCCUCUACAAACGAAUACUUACGGUUGGACUGAAGGCUCCCGAGCAGACUGCUUUUCAGCGAAAAAAAUAGAAAGAAAAGCCAAAAGCUGUUCCCUCUAGCUUCUUCUUUAUCACAAAGAGUUGACUAGAUAAGAAAGUAUAGUUUGGAUACCCCACUUACCCGCUCCAGCAGAGCGGCAUGCUUCCAACCCCUUCCGCAAACUGGAAUCGAGGAUCUGCUCUGACUCCACCACCACCGCCGCCGACCUUGACCUCUGCGUCUACUGCUACUGCCGCUACAGUAACGACGCCCGCUGUUGAGUUUGCUAAUUUUGAAACACUUGUCGGGUCGGCUGGCUCCGGGUCAGCUGCAUCAUCCUCAUCGUCUUCAGAGUCGCUUAUUAGACGUCCGUCUGUGCAAUACGCUCUAGCAGCUCAACAAGUAAUCACCACAGUUGUCACCACCACUACAACUCGCACAACAGAUUAUCCUCCACUCUAUAUUCCACCUCCACCGGCUCCCCACCCGUUGGAUCCAGAAGUAUACCCUUUGUCAAAGACCCCGACACCCCCGGCCUUGAAAAAGUUUUGCUUUGAUCUUAACGGCAUACCAACUAGCUUCCGAGAAGUGGAGGUUGUUGACAAUAAUCUUAAUCACAAUCAGGUCACGUCUACGUCUGUGCAAUCCUAUCCCGUACAAGGAGCCGCAUCACCUACACUCGAUCUAGAACGUCUGUUUGCUGACCCUGUCAUUCCUAUUCCAAAGGGUAACCGCAAAAGACCUGUAUCACCGGAAAACUACGCCGCCAUGACUGCCACGGAAUUAGAAGAAAGCAACGUCUCACCGUCGCUUGUGAGCCCUGCUGAAGGUCGGUCUCGCGCACCAAAGCGAAGGGGCCCACUUGGUGCGCCACAAGCACACUCUAUACGACAUGACGAUCAUCGUAUUACCCCUGUUGGAAAGCCCAUGCUAGCUGGAACUCCAAUUCCUAUUCCCUUGACACCUUUCCCUGAGGCUAAUCCCGUAGAUAUACCUGGAGCUGCGCAGAGCACUGAUCCUGAUCUUAGUGAGAGCGUGACUCCUAAUCUUCCAAGUCCCACAAUGUCCCCGACCACAAAAAGCGCUUUCCCGAAUCCAGACAUGGAAGCCCAACAUCCCGUGAUUAGCAGUAUCCUCGGGUCGCUACCAACCAUGAAUGGUACUGCUCCAUCGACAUCUUUCACAUUUACCGAGCAAUCUCAGAUUCCAGCAGAGUUUGCCGAUUUACCCUCCCUGGGCGAUAUUCCGUACAUCCUAUCUACAUUUGACAAUUUGCCGACUCCUCUUAAGUCUUAUCUUCUCCUCCAGUUAUUACGACGUUGCCCCUUUCCAACAUUGCAAUUUGUGUCUUCUCUGAUUCUACCUAGCCUAAAGCGCGAUUUUGUGGGCUUGCUACCUGUAGAACUUAGUUACCAAGUACUGCAAUAUUUAGAUUUGAGAUCUUUGGGGCGCUGCGCAUCAGUAAGCAAAGCGUGGAAGAGAGUUGUGGAUGGCGACGGCGCUGAAGUUGCAGUGUGGAAGAAACGCCUGCUUAGUGAAGGGUGGUACGACGAAGAUGAGAUUGAAUUAGAGAUUACUUUUGACAAUCCAUCUAUACGGACGAACCCGCCAGCCGGCCUUCGGUCUGCGGACCCGAUGGAGGACAGCGACGAUGAAUACACAUUGGGUCGGUCGUCAGGAGCCGGCCAAAAUCGAGUGGCAAGCGCCGCCGACUGGCCGGAAAAUUGGAAGAGCGAAGUCAACUCUCCAAGCCACGCGCGGAAACUCAUUGAAUUCUCAUCAGAAAACGGACAACUCCCUGCACAACUUUACAAAAAUCUCUAUCGCAGGCACCACCUUAUUCGUCAAAAUUGGUUUCACGGCCGAUACAAACACAUUUCAUUCCCUGGCCACGCAUUUAAUGUGGUCACAUGCUUGCAAUUCGAUGCUCGAAAGAUAGUAUCCGGCUCAGAUGACCAAACUAUCCACAUUUAUGACACAGGAACCGGCGAGCUCCGAAAACGACUUGAGGGCCAUGAGGGUGGUGUCUGGGCCCUUCAAUAUUGGAAUGAUGUACUGGUAUCGGGAUCAACAGAUCGCACGGUGCGAGUAUGGGAUAUGGAUACCGGGAGAUGCACUCAUCUCUUUGAAGGACAUACAUCCACCGUCCGAUGCUUGAUUAUUAUCAUUCCAUGGAGAAAUCCUGAAACUGGCCGGCUGGAGCCGGAAGUACCGCUUGUCGUGACAGGCUCUCGCGACGCUACGUUAAGAGUAUGGAGACUACCACAUCCGAAGCGAGACGAACCAUAUCUGCCCACGACAACCGGUGGAUCAUCACCGACUCCCGGGGAAGCGAAUCAGAAUCCCUUCUUCCGGCACGUGUUGAGCGGUCAUAACAACUCUGUUCGUGCAAUCGCAGGGUUUGGAAAUGUACUCGUCAGCGGGAGCUACGAUUGUACUGUACGGAUUUGGAACUUGACGACUGGAAACUGCGACCAUGUAUGUCGUGGACAUCGGGAAAAGGUGUACAGUGUGGGAUACAGUCAUGAGCUGCAGCGAGCUGUCAGCGGUAGCAUGGAUGCCACUGUUCGCGUGUGGUGCACUAAAACUGGUCAAGCAAUGUUCAAUCUGGAAGGUCACACUUCGCUUGUCGGUCUACUAGAGUUGUCGCCACAAUAUCUUGUAUCAGCAGCUGCUGAUGCUACGCUUCGUAUCUGGUCUCCAACAACCGGCCAAUGCCUCGCAAAUCUGACUGGUCAUUCUGCGGCAAUUACUUGCUUCCAUCACGAUCCAAAAUUGAAUCGGAUAGUCUCUGGUUCCGACGGUGGAGUGAAGGUCUGGGAGCUGAGCUCGACAGGUUAUGGAUCCGGACAGCCGCCACCUGGGGCGCCUUUCGCUCCAUCCUUAGCCUUCACUCAAGGUCCCAACGGUCCGCAACCUGUGCACGGGCGCUUCAUCCGCGACCUAGUUGGAAACGUCCAAGGCGUAUGGCGAGUACGUAUGGAUGAACAGCGUCUGGUCUGCGCGGUGCAACGGGAAGGUGGACGGACGUGGUUCGAGGUGUUGGACUUUACGGAUGGCCUUGACUGCGGGACGAAAGUUGAGGGACCAGGGGACCGGUUUGCACCUGCUGAUGUGAGCGAGGAAGAUGAAGAUGAUGAGGAAGAUUAUGGCGAAAAUGGACCGGAUGACGGAGAAGGCGAAGAAGGUGAUGAGAGCGACGACGGCGAUGGAGAGGAGGGUGAUGAGGAAGAGGGUGGGGAACAGGUGGAGCAGCAGCCCAUGCUGGAGAGCAAUCACCCGGUACCGACCGAAUCUGUAACACUUAAUAGCCCGGUCGAUACGCAAAUGGAGCAGCCAGCGGGAAGUACCUAAGAGAUAUCUUACCACAACUUCAUGUUACUGGCGCACAUGUUGUGACUACCUAGACGGCGUUCGUGCAUUAGCAUCUGCUUCCAAGCUGAUUGAAUGUACACGGUACUCUUUUUCUUGUAUGUAUUAUAUGGACGUCGCCAGUGCAUACUGCACAAGGCGAAGUGACUUUAGGGAGGGCAGUGGGUUGGGGCUAUGUAUGAUGGCUAUAGACGAUCUGUGCAUUUCUUUCUUUGCUGGACGAGGGGGGGGGCUGAUGGCCGAAUUUAGUUGAAUAAGUCUUAAGUGCAAAUCAUGCUACCAUUUCCUAGUUUGAGGUUUUGAACCGUUUAUAUCACAGACGACAGAGUAUUUCACUAAAAAAUUUCAAUAUUCAGCAUAACGCAUUACAGCCCAAAUAACGCUAUCAUAACAUACAAAACGAGGAACUGCAUCACAG